AUGUCCAAAAUAGAAGAGCUACCACCAUCAGAUACUGAUGACCAUUCGUAUUCUAGUAAACCGGGAGAUGUAUUUUUAGCAUUUGUGGACGCACCUGUUAAAGAGACUGAUGACAUAUUAGUUGAAGAUAGCUUUAUUGGCGGUGAACCUAAGUGGCUACAUCCGGAUUCCGAACCACCUGCUGAACUAUUGAAAUGUGGUGCUUGUAAAUCAGCGGAUAAUAUGAAGCUGUUACUACAAGCUUUUUCGCCCUUAGAUGAUGAGCAGAUGAGUGCCAUACAACAACGUCUUGGUAUCAAUAAUAUGAGCUAUAUUAAUCCCCAGGAUGACAGAGUAUUAUAUGUCUUCCUGUGUACCGAAUGUCAAAGGAAGGGCAAUUCUGUUCGCUGUAUCAGAGGAGUAAAGAAGAAUAAAAACGUUGAUAGCCUUUCCGAAAAAAUGGCUUCAACUUCAUUGGAAAAAGACUUCCAAAUCAAUCCCUUUGACUUGUCGAAUAAUUCAGAUUCUAAAUGUAAUGCUUUUUCAAGCAACCCAUUUGGCGGUGCAAAUGCUAACCCUUUUGGAGCUGAUAGCAUUAAUUCCAAUAUAUCACAAAGCAAGGACGAAGGCAAAAAGAAGGAAUCUGCUACCGUUUCUGCAAAGACGGCGAGAAAACUACAUGAUUUACAAAAGGACAAAGAAUACGAUGGCAAUAAAUGCUUUAAAAGUUGUUUGUUGUACGUUGAAGAGGAAACCUUCAAAAAUAAAAAGCCAGCUCAUCUGCAGCUGCCAAAAAAUUUAAAAAUUGAUAAGGAGGCACUAGAUUUAACAGGAGAUGAGGAUCUCGAAAAAGAUCCGAUCAAAUUGGACCCGAGGACAGAAAAAUUAUCCAAGUUUCUUGAUGACGACACAUUCCAAAAAUUCCAAGAAGUGGUUGGUUACAACCCGCUUCAAGUAUUACGUUAUGACUUAGGCGGAAAACCUUUGCUAUAUGCCGAAACAAAAGUCGAUAUUUUAAGCACUGUGCCAAGACCGGGCUACAACCCAUCGAGCCAAAGAAUCUUUGAAAUGCAGUUAAUGCCAAAGAUGAUUUUUGAUCUGGAAGAAGUAGUGUCUGUCGAUAACGGCAUGGAAUGGGGUACCAUUCUUGUUUUCACUGAUGUUGAAAAUUACAUGCCUGAAUUUGAUGAACAUGGUGUCGGUUAUGUAGAAGAAUGUGUCAAAGUUCAGUGGGAAUCGAGAACGUGA